AUGGAAAUCUUCGAGGAAUUGGAGAUUAAAAUUCCUGUGACUAAGACAUUACAACAUGUACUCGGUUAUGUUAACUUCCUGAAGAAAUUCAAGAAAAAGAGAAAAAGUCCAGAGGAAGAAACAAUUGAGGUACAUAGCAAUUGCAUUGUGAUCUUGCAGAAGGCACUUCCUCCAGAAGCUAAAGAUCUGGGAAGUUCCAAUAUCCCCUACACUAUUGGGAGUCAUGAAAGAGGGAAAGCCUUAAUUGAUUUAGGGUCCAGUAUCAACUUGAUGCCCUUAUCUGUAUUUGAAAAGAUUGGUGGUGUUGAAGUCAAGCCUACAAAGAGGAAGCUGCUGAAGAUAAGUUGGUGUGGAGACAGAAAGGAGAACACCAAGAUUAAAGUUGGAAUUGGGUUAUAUGCUGCUUCUGAUGGCAGUAAUGACAACAUCUACUGA